GUGCUCUUCGCUUCAUUGGCUCGUCUACCUGUGGCCUUCGCCUGGGAGGCUCAAUGCGGGUCGUUCUCGCUUCAAAACGUACCUGGCGUUAGUCUUGUCAACACCAGCUACUAUGAGGUUGACGCGCCUGUCAAUAUUACGACAAACAUGUCGAGCAUCAAUGUAGCGGACUUGCCCGCAUUCUGUCGUGUGGAGUUGUUGGUCACAACAAACGCGACCGCGAACUCUACGUGCUCUACAGAAGUCUGGCUUCCAGAUAAUUGGACGGGUCGCUUCCUGACGGUGGGCGACGGAGGUUUCGCCGGUGGAGUGAACGUUGCGGAGCUGGGGCUCCUUGCCGUCGCACAAGGCUUUGCGGGAGUAUCGACGGAUACCGGGCAUCUCUCGACUGAAGGCAGUGGCUCGUGGGCCCUUGACGAUGAUAAUGCGAUCAUCGACUGGGCAUGGCGCGCCUUACACCUCAGUAUCGUCGCCGGAAAAGAAAUCGUACGUCGAUACUACGGACAGGAGAUCAACAAGUCAUACUACAUCGGAUGUUCGACAGGCGGUCGGCAAGGUCUCAAAGAAGUUCAGUCAUUCCCCGAUGAUUUUGAUGGUGUUGUCGUCGGGUCGCCAGCGAACUGGCAGACACACUUGCAAGAUUGGGGAAUUCGGAUGAGUCUGAAUGUCCUCCCUGCCGAAUCACCAUCAUUUAUCAAUGCAUCUACGUGGUCAAAUGUCAUUCACCCUGAGGUUCUCAGGCAAUGCGAUGCACUUGAUGGCUUAGUCGACGGCAUCAUCAGCGAUCCUAGGAUUUGCAACUUCCGGCCGGAGACCCUGACCUGUCGACCAGGUCAGGACAUGGCAACAUGCCUUACGCUACCGCAGAUAGAUGCUCUCCACAACAUCUAUUCGGACUACUACGAGGCCAAUCAGACAUGGAUUUUUGGGCCGUACUAUCCAGGCGGAGAGGAAGCGUUCCCGGAUGGACUUGUGGGCAAUACAACGCUGUCCAUUGCACUUGACUGGUUCCGAUACUUUGUGCUGAAUGACUCGACGUGGACGAUUGAUCAGUAUGACCCGUCCUUAAUCGCGCUUGCCGAAGAAAUUAACCCCGGGCAAGCAAACGCAAUCAGCCCCAACCUUACCGCGUUCGCGGGGUCGGGCAGGAACGGCAAACUCAUGCAGUACGUUGGCUGGGCCGAUCAAUUGAUCAGUCCAGGCAAUUCGAUCCACUACUAUGAAAGCGUUCAUGCGUUCAUGACCUCCAAUACCGACAUGGAGAUUGAUGACUUUUAUCGCCUGUAUACCAUUCCGGGUAUGAACCAUUGCAAAAACGGGUAUGGUGCCAACGCAUUUGGAAGCGUUGAGCAGGCGUCGAGCGGCAUGCCGCCGAUGUCUUACGCCCCAGAAUACAACAUUCUGGCUGCGAUUGUACAGUGGGUCGAGGAAAACAUCGCCCCGACGACGCUGAAAGGUGUGUAUUACAACAACAACACAGCAAACAGCGGUAUUGGUUUUGUGCGGCCCAUAUGUAAAUACCCGCAGAUGCUUCAAUAUAACGGAGGGAAUCAGACCAGCCCGGAUAGCUUUAUCUGUGCGUAGUGUUCACGUCGCAUUCGUUGCAUUUGUCAUCUGGGAUCCUCCCUUUUGUCCCGCAUAUGUUGUCUUCUACCACCAUUUUGUGGCACAUGACAGCUUGUGAAGACAUACUACAAUCCCAAGCAUCCAAGCUGGUGUCACAUGCAGUACAAAUGUAUGACAGGUGUAAUCAAUGUCAUAUUCCGGGGGUAUCCAGGGCGGCCUCUUCAAGAGUCUUCAC